AUGAACGCAGCCGCAGCCACCGCGGUGAGCGCAGCCGCGGCCGGCGUGAAGAACGCAGCCGCCGGGCUCAGCGGGGAGCGCUGGAGCCAGAUGCCGGUCGCGAUGCGGGACGAGCGGCCCCCCUUGGCGCGGCGUGGCCAGAGGGGGCGGAGCUUGGGCCUCAGCGCGACGGGCAAGGCUCGUGCGAGGCCCCCGGCGUCCGCAGACGGGCAUGGUGAGCAACCGCUGGGGCUUGAGGACCUUGCGGGCGCCUUCGACCAGACGGGCGGGGUGCAGCCGGGCGGCGACGACGACGACGACGAGGGCAGCGAGGCGAUCGCCCCCACCUCGCCCGUGGGCACCCUGGCGGGGGUGGAGGUGGAGGAGAACGCAGGAGGUAUCCAGCGCGGGGCGAACGAAACGCUGUUCGUGACGAGCAUCGCGAAGGCGCUUGCGCAGUUCGCGGGGGGCGCCGCCACAGAGGCGACUUCGGCAGCGGCACCAGGCGCGGCGGCAGCGGUCCACUGGGCGGGCGGUAUAAGCCGCGAGCAGCUCCUCAUCGAGGUCGCCAAGGAGCAGAUUACCGCGUUCCUGCAGGGGAGGGGCGAAACGUGGGGGAAGUGCGAGGAUCCGGACGGGCGCGAGUUCUACCGCAACAAGGACACGGGUAAGAUGACACUGCACGCUCCGCAGGGCGUCCCGGCCGGGACAGACGAGGCGCAGUUCGCUGAGAUGAUCGCGAGGGCGCUUGCGGGGCUCGCGGGGGGCGGCCCCAGGGGGUCAGCCGCCGCGGUGCCGCCGGGUGCGACGGCAGCGGCCUCCGCCCCCGUGGUCGCGGGCGGCGGGCCGUCAUCGAUGGGGCAAGGGCUCCAGGACGCCAUGAAGGACCUUGCCGAGCUCCAGAAAAAAGGCGAGGCGCGGGAGAUGUUACAGGGCCCGAGCGGCCGCGACUUCUAUCGGAACAAGGACGCGGGCAAGGUUGCGAAGAUGAAGGGCAAGGCACAGAAGCUCAAGUGCAAGGCGCAGGAGCUCAAGGAUCGGGCGCAGACCCUCCAGGACAAGCAGGGGGCGCAGAAGCAGCAGGGGCCGGUGACGGCGGCGACACCUGUGGAGGGGGGGGCCACGCUCAGCCCCGACAUGGCGCGGGCGAAGCCCACUACGCGGUCUCAGUUGGCUGAUGCGUUGGCGGCUUGGGAGGGGGUGCUCAGGGCGGUCGCGGACAGCUCGCUCACGUGGGUCACCCUGACGUUCUCCCCGGGCUUCAAAGACGCGCGGGCUUUCCACGAUACGGUUGCCGCGAUGGGUGCGCAGGCGCGCGCCGACUCGGCCGCGGGCGCGGCGGCGCCCCGGCGCAAGCUCCCCUACGCAGCCAUGGCCGGUGACGUACACCAGCCGCGCCUCAUCGUGAUCUGGAAGGCGGCGCCGGAGGAGAGGGCCAGCAUGCAGUUCCCGGUCGGCAAGGGCAUCCUGACCGUGAAGUCGCGCCGCGGCAUUGUCGUGGGCAGGGCGCAGUUGUUCGCGGCCUUCUUCGGGCCCGCGGUCGACGCGAUGGGGCCCGCCCCAAGGGGCCGGGGCAGGGGCGGCGAGGUGGGCCUCCUGAAGGCGUUGCCCAGGUGA